AUGGAUGCCAGGACCAGCAAGUCUCUACGCCUUCGCCUGCAAGACAGCCGCAGGAGCUGGUUCACGUUGGCAAUGUGCGUGAUCAUGCUCCACACUGCGACUAUAGGAAACCGUUCACAGGGCGCCCUGUACGUGGGCAUACGGGAACACUUCGGUGCCAGCCACAGCGAGGCCUCAUUGCCACCAUCGCUGCAGGCUUCACUCAGUCUAGUCGGAGGAAUUUUCACCGGCUUCCUGUGCGAGGUGGUUUCUCUACGGCACAUGUCUCUGGGCUGCUCUUUGGUCUCGUCCCUGGCCCUCAUGGUGUGCUACUUCAGCGUCACCGUGUCCUUCAUUUCAUUCUUCUUCGGGGCAGUACAUGGGCUGGCAGUCAGCGGCAUGUUCGUGGUCUCAUCCGUGGUGGUGGGCGAGUACUUCGUUCGAUGGCGAGCCACAGCGUACGCCAUGUCCUCUGCAGCCAAGAGCUCUCACUUUUUUACUCCAUUUGUGGCCAACCACAUUCGCAUGUACUACGGCACGCCCGAGAUAUUCCUGCUUCUGGGUGCCCUGUCACUCAACGGAUUCGUGGCUGCUCUCCUCGUGAGGACGCCGCCGUGGCGACUCACAAGAAAAGGCGUUGUGCCCACGAGCUCCAACGCUGGGGCGGCCAACGAACAUUCCCUGGGAAGCGUUCAAAAUGAGAGGGUGGACGUCACACCGACUGGAAUUGACAACUCAGUGAUAGCUGACGUUGCGAGUACUACCGAAUCCUUACUGCGGGAGCGGGAUAUUCCGGAACAUCAACAAGCGAGUGGGACUUGUCGCAUUCUCUAUGACGUUGAGAACUCUCAAGGACAGAGUCUACUGGUCGCAGACCGGGGUAACGUCUCCGUCUCGUGUGUAAUGGCGCAGCACAUUGUCGAUGGGUGCCCGGCGAUCAGCACCUCAAAAUCCCCAGCGCCAUGGUGUAAUGUCACCGCGUUCUUGAGAAAUUUUAUCAGGUCUCUCGUUAAAAUAAACUGGAAGGUGAUUGCGACACCGCUGUUCCUCUUCGACACUCUGUCCUUUUCAGUUCAGAACUACUCCCUGGCCAACUUUGUUCUUUUUUACUUGGACGUGACGAUGGACUGCGGCAAAGACGCAAGCUUCGCUGGGUACCUUCUCCUCGCAUUCAAUGUUAGCGUCGUGCUGGGAUGUCUGGUCAUUGGCAUGGUGGUAGAUCGACGUCUGUUGUCUUUGAACGCCACGGUGAUACUGGGUCUCUCUGGCAACGCGGCAGCCAGCGAAGGCCUCGUGUGGUCCCUGUCUGGCGGUCAGCUCUUAGCGUGCGCCGUCGUUCAGGGCCUGAGCUGUGGCGUGAUGGCUCCGAUGACGUGCCCCGUUCUCAUCAGGGACUUUGGCAGCGAAAGCCUUUCGCUCGUGAUUGGCGGAUGUCACACGGUGAUGGGAGUCGUACUACUCGCCAGACCGCCACUCGUAGGUAAGAGCGAAGCAAAUAGCAGCUACUUUAAGGACAUUCUUGGAUCGUAUGACGGCAUUCAGCACAUCUUCGCCUCGCUAAAUGCUUUUCUAGCAAUCAUGUGGACGAUUAGGCUUCUGUGGUCAAAGCGUACUAAGUGCACGCAACCAUCGCCUUCCAGCCUCUGA